GAGACCCACAUUCUUAGUACUUUGGUUUGACCGAUUUUGGACUAUAUUUCCCUCCACAUCCACGUGUGUUUCAACUUUCACCUUUAAGAAAGUUGUUCUCUUUUCUCUACCAACAAGAGUUCAUACCUCAAUCUCAAUGCCUCUUUACCUCUCUUAAGGUAAUCAAAUCAACGUGUCUAUUGGAUUAAUUCUUCCUAUAUCAAUGAAGGGUGAAACAGUGAACGUAACAUGGCUAGGUGGUAUUUGGCCAGUUUCACGCAAGAGUGGUUCAGAUGAAAAUAAUGAAAUUGGAAUUAUGGCAUUUGAGGUUGCAGGGUUGAUGUCUAAGGUUGUUAAUUUAUGGCAUUCUUUGAGUGACAAUGAAUUAAUGAACCUAAGAGAAUGGAUAGUAAGUUCAGUUGGUGUCAAAAUGCUUGUUUCUGAUGAUGAAUAUUUCUUGAUGGAGCUUACAAGGAAUGAGAUACUUAAUAACUUUCAAUCUUUAUCACAAUCUGUGGCAAGGUUAAGCAAGAAGUGUAAGGAUCCAAUGUAUCACAGCUAUGAAAGUUUUGUUCAUAACCCUUUUGAAAAUUAUGUUCAAUGGUCAGGUUGGGAAUAUAGAUUGAAAAAGAUGGAGAAAAAGGUGAAGAAAAUGGAAAGAUUUGUUUGUUCUUUGUCACUUUUGUCACAAGAGCUUGAGGUGUUAGCUGAGUGUGAACAAACUUUAAGGCGAAUGAAGUUGACUCGCGAUGUUGUUAAUAAGGCGAAAUUGCUCGAGUUUCAGAAGAAAGUUAUGUGUCAGAGGCAACAAGUGCAAAAUGUAAGAGAUUUGUCUCCUUGGAGUAGAAGUUAUGACUAUAUUGUUAGAUUGUUGGCAAGAUCAUUGUUCACAAUUCUUGAGAGAAUCAUACUUGUGUUUGGAAAUAGUCAUUUACCAAUUGAAAAUCUAAAAAAUGAUACUAAUAAUCGUCUGGCGCGCAACCAUUCCUCCCCUGCUCUCCAUGUCAUGCAUUCUUCCGUUCAUCCUUCUCCCGAGACGAAUCUAAACGAAUUUUGUUCAGGGCCUAUUGGAAGAAAGAACAAGAGCAAGAAAAAGAAGAAAGAUCAACCAGUGCUACUUCAUUCACAAGAUUCAUCAUGUGAAAAGCUUCUUCCCUCAGAAGGUAAGCAAUUGACAUAUAUUGGAUCCUUCAAAGGUUGCAUAUCUGUUCAAAACGAUUCUCAUGUAGUACAGAGUUGUAUACCAUCUAAUGGUAGUUCUAUGAGGAAAAACAUUGAUGUCAACACGAAAUCGCUCGUCAAUAAACCGUCCCUCUUCCACAGAAGUAGAGUUUAUUUCAAACUAUCUCUCAAGGAAAAGUUAAAACCGAUUCCAUCAACUCUUGGUGAUGCAGCUUUAGCUAUACAUUAUGCAAAUGUAAUUGUAUUGAUAGAGAAGAUAGUGUCAUCACGUCGCACGAAUACAAUCGAUGUUCGAACGAGAGACGAUCUUUACAAUAAGCUACCGACAACUAUAAGAACAGCUCUGAGGGGUAAGCUUAAAUGGUAUGCCAAAAGUAAGCUUGAAACAGAAUGGAAUGUGGUACUCAAACAGAUAUUGGAGUGGUUAGCUCCACUUGCACACAACAUGGUAAAGUGGUAUUCUGAGAGGAAUUUUGAGAAGGAAUAUACUAGUUUGAAAGCAAAUGUUUUACUUGUACAAACUCUUUACUUUGCAAAUCAAGCAAAAACUGAAGCUGCAAUGGUUGAACUUCUUGUUGGUCUUCAUUAUGUAUGCAGAAUUGAUGUAGAAACUCGUUUUAGAAGGAAUUAGUUGUGUGAUAAAUGUUUGUAUAUUGAAGGAAUGCAAAAGUAGAAAAGUACAGAACAAAUAGUUAAGUCAUAGGACAAUAUUUUGUUUUGUACAUUGGUAUAUAUACAUAAGCAUUACAGAUACAAUUUUGUGUUGUACAUUGUUUGAUUGAAAUGGAUACAAACCG